AUGAGGGAGAGAGAUACGACUGAGAAGAAAAACAGCCGCGAGGCAGAUCUGUGGGAAGAUCCUGGAAGAGAUCAGUCAGGAGCAAAUUCAUCAGUUGUGGCCGAUUUCAUGCCUACAUCAUCAUGGAACAUCUCAAGUGAAUUAGAUAAAGAUUACUUCUUGACGCUUGAUGAACCUAUGAAUAACAUAACCACCACCCUUGGCCAGACUGCAGAGCUGCACUGCAAAGUCUCUGGCAACCCUCCUCCGACGGUCCGUUGGCUGAAGAACGACGCACCGGUUGUCCAGGAACCCCGGAGGAUCUCCUUCCGUGCCACAAGCUAUGGGUCUCGACUGCGAAUAAGGAACCUUGACACCACAGAUACUGGCUACUUCCAGUGCGUUGCGAAUAAUGGCAGAAAGACUGUUUCUACAACUGGUGUGCUGUUUGUAAAAUUUGGUCCCCCGCCAACAGCAAGUCCAGGAUCAUCUGACGAGUAUGAAGAGGACGGGUUCUGCCAGCCUUACAGGGGGAUCGCUUGCGCACGAUUUAUUGGAAAUCGAACCAUUUAUAUGGAGUCUCUGCAUAUGCAAGGUGAAAUAGAAAAUCAGAUUACAGCUGCCUUCACCAUGAUUGGCACUUCCAGCCAUUUGUCGGAUAAAUGCUCCCAGUUUGCUAUUCCCUCGCUGUGCCAUUACGCCUUCCCCUACUGCGAUGAGACUUCGCCAGCUCCCAAGCCGCGAGACUUGUGCCGCGAUGAAUGCGAAAUUCUGGAAAAUGUCCUGUGUCAGACCGAGUAUAUUUUUGCAAGAUCUAAUCCCAUGAUUCUGAUGAGAUUAAAGCUACCCAACUGCGAAGAUCUUCCCCAGCCAGAUAGCCCCGAAGCUGUCAAUUGUAUCCGGAUUGGGAUUCCAAUGGCAGAUCCCAUAAAUAAAAGUAACACACACACGCACACCUUCACCGCCGUCCGGUACCCCGAGCUCAACGGGGGUCACUCCUACUGCCGCAACCCCGGCAACCAGAAGGACGCCCCGUGGUGCUUCACCUUAGACGAGAACUUCAAGUCCGAGCUCUGUGACGUCCCGGCAUGUGAUUAUAAGGAUUCCAAGGAAAAGAAUAAAAUGGAAAUCCUGUAUAUCCUGGUGCCAAGUGUUACUAUUCCCCUGGCCAUAGCCUUGCUCUUCUUCUUCAUCUGCAUCUGUCGCAACAAUCAGAAGUCGUCCUCCCCUCCCGUCCAAAGACAACCGAAACACGUAAGAGGACAGAACGUGGAGAUGUCAAUGCUCAACGCUUACAAACCAAAGAGUAAGGCGAAGGAGUUGCCUCUCUCUGCUGUUCGUUUCAUGGAAGAACUGGGUGAAUGUGCUUUCGGCAAGAUCUACAAGGGACAUCUCUACCUUCCAGGCAUGGAUCACGCUCAGCUCAUUGCUAUCAAGACUCUAAAAGACUUUAACAACCCCCAGCAGUGGGCAGAGUUCCAGCAAGAAGCGUCGCUCAUGGCUGAGCUCCAUCACCCUAACAUCGUUUGCCUCUUAGGUGUUGUCACCCAGGAGCAGCCGGUCUGCAUGCUUUUCGAGUACAUGAACCAAGGAGAUCUCCAUGAGUUUCUGAUCAUGCGAUCGCCGCAUUCGGAUGUUGGAUGCAGCAGCGAUGAGGAUGGGACUGUCAAAUCCAGCCUGGACCAUGGGGAUUUCCUGCACAUUGCAGUCCAGAUUGCAGCAGGCAUGGAGUACUUAUCAAGUCAUUUUUUUGUGCAUAAAGAUCUCGCCGCUCGUAACAUUUUAAUUGGAGAACAGCUUCAUGUGAAAAUUUCAGACCUCGGACUCUCGAGAGAAAUCUACUCAGCAGAUUACUACAGAGUUCAAAACAAGUCUCUCUUGCCAAUUCGCUGGAUGCCACCGGAGGCGAUUAUGUACGGCAAGUUCUCUUCCGAUUCAGAUAUUUGGUCAUUUGGAGUUGUUUUGUGAAAAAUAUUCAGCUUUGGACUUCAACCGUAUUAUGGAUUUAGUAAUCAAGAAGUCAUAGAGAUGAUCAGGAAAAGACAACUGCUGCCAUGCUCUGAAGACUGUCCUCCCAGAAUGUAUAGCCUGAUGACAGAGUGCUGGCAUGAUCUCCCAUCCCGGAGGCCACGAUUUAAAGAAAUCCAUGCCAGGCUGCGCUCGUGGGAGGGUCUUUCAAGUCACACCAGUUCUACUACCCCCUCCGGUGGGAAUGCCACCACUCAAACGACUUCCCUCAGCGCGAGUCCCGUUAGUAAUCUCAGUAAUCCUAGGUACCCUAACUACAUGUUCCCAGCGCAAGCAAUACCGCAAGGCCAAAUCGCCGGGUUCAUUGGACCACCGAUACCUCAAAACCAGCGGUACAUCCCGAUCAACGGGUACCCCAUUCCGCCAGGAUACGCUGCUUUCCCAGCUGCCCACUACCAGCCGCAAGGUCCACCCAGGGUGAUCCAGCACUGUCCUCCACCAAAGAGUCGUUCUCCGAGCAGCGCCAGCGGGUCGACGAGCACAGGUCACGUCACUAGUUUGCCGUCUUCGGGAUCCAACCAGGAAGCGAAUAUUCCUUUGCUGUCUCACAUGUCAAUUCCCAAUCACCCGGGGGGAAUUGGAAUUACAGUUUUUGGAAACAAAACUCAAAAACCGUACAAAAUUGACUCAAAGCAGUCUUCCCUAUUAGGAGACUCCAGUGUCCAUGGACCUAAUGAAUCUAUGAUUUCAGCCGAAUUGUAAAUAAGCGAGGCCUUUGUAAAUAGAACUAUUUACAAUACAAACUAGAAAGUCGUAGCAAAGAUUUAUAUUCAAAUAUUUUAUUAAAGAUUCUUCUGGUUGUUUAACAGACAUUGCAGCGAGUAUCUUCUGUGAAGUUCAACUGCUUAACAGGAUGGGCAGACUCAACCAGACAAAGAUCGUUGUGGUAGGAAUACUCAGCUUCGUCAACGGACGCGUUGUUUCUUGAAAUGCCACCGACAAUUCAAGAAGGGGAAGGGGGAUUUUUUUUCUUUUCAAUAACAGCCUUUUAUCAUACGCUUUUCCCACAGCUUUUAAACCUCUGGUGUGGUUUAAAUCACAGAAACUUUUUUUAUACUGAAAACUUAGUUUAAUAUUUGUCUCUUUUUUAGGAGAUGCAAAUAUUCGGAGAUCUACUGGGUGUGCAAUUUCAGUUCCAAUAGCUAGGUAAAAUAUUUGUAAAUUUUGCAGUCAAGGAUGAUGUUUCAACUAUGUGAUCUGAAAGCUGAAUAAAAUUACUUCAGGUAGCAUUUGGGUCUUUCAUUAAGUUGGGAGUGUGAGUCCAGAUUCAGACCAAAAAAAGUCAUUUAUAUGACAGCACAAUAGCUUGAGUUAUCAACUUGCGGGCUAGAAAAACCAUCUGCUAUUGGCUGCUGAAGAUGGCUGGAGUUCUAAGAAAUUGCCUUAAAGGAAAUGAAAUUAAAGGGUUUUAAUUUCAGAACCUGAAUCAACUCAUUCGA